CCAGCCGCCAGAUCGAGUCCACCAGCCGCAAGAUGGCGGCCGAGCGACGCAACAUUCACGUCUUCUCAAAGGGAGAAGAAGUCGGCGGCAUCUGGCAGCACGGAAACGUGUCCAAGAGGCGCUUUCGGGAGUGGCUCGACUAUUGCUGGCACUUUGAAAGGGAGGGAAAGCCGGUCGCAUGGAGCCUCGCCGAGCGAUGCGAGCCUGGCAGCGUCCAGGAGCGAAGCGUCGUUGGCCCGACCUUGGACCGAACAACGGCCGACGAAGCAAUGCCCACCGGCACUUUUGACGUGCUCACCGACGGUACGUGGGAGCCGGUCGACCACAGCAAGACGCCUCAUCGUUAUCAUCCUCGCACGAUUAGCUUGAACUCGUCGUCAUCGAGCAGGAGGAAUGCCACAUUCGCCGACCGUAUCCGUAAGAGGGACCAAAGGUGUCUAAUCACCGGAUUUGAGUCUAAUCCCGGUGGACGGUCGAGGGCGCUGCAGGCCGCCCACAUCUUUGCGAGGGCGCACCUCGAUCGCUGGCGCGCCUGUGGGUUUGACCGCCUUGUUGAGGACACGGAUCGCCACAUCGGCAACGCCAAGAUCGACUCGGUCCAGAAUGGCUUGCUCCUCCGCGCCGAUGUGCACAAUAGGUUCGUUGAUCAUGAAAUUGCCGUCGACGUCGACAACGGCUACGCCAUUUACGACUUCAGCCGAGCUGGUUGGCAGCACGGCGAGCGCCUCGGUCUCGACCACCUCGAGCCGGGAUCGAGUGAGAGGCCCCUCGACGCCCUCUUCCGCGAUCACUUCUGGCAGGCCGUCCUGGCCAACGUCAGGGGUGCCGCCAAAGUGUACGACGACGAGCCGCAAGACGAUUGGGCAAAUCCCGACACGCUGUGCCUCGACAAUGACGCCUUGCAUAAGACCGACAAGGGCCGCCUCAGGCUCGAGCUGGAGCUGGGCAGCCGACUCAACCACCUCAUUUCUUAGUUCGGAACAGCAUUUCAUUUGUACUGUACUGUACGCAUAUUUGUUUUAUCCAUAGAGACAGCCCACGGCCUAAUGAUAUCCUUAGAGACGCC